AUGCUCCGUCUCCUAACAGCAUCAACAUCAGUAACCAGAGCUCUCGCACACCGUGGAUUCGCGUCUUCGUCGGUUGGCGCAAAGGAACGUCUCGUGAUCCUCGGGUCCGGGUGGGGAGGGUAUAACCUUGCACGCAAAGCCGACAAAUCGCUAUACGACGUAACCCUCAUCUCACCCAACUCGUACUUCAGCUUCACCCCCUUCCUCGCCUCAACCUGCGUUGGCACAUUGGAAUUCCAAUGCGCGACUGAACCCGUCCGAGGAAUAAAACACGUAAACUACGGACAGGGCUGGGCGCAAUCCAUCGACCUAACCUCCCGAACCGUCCGCGUCGUACCCGCCCUUCCACCCCUCCACCCGACCAAGGAUGACCUCCCCAUCGACACUACCGGGGCCGAACUACAUGCGGCCUUUUCUCCCGGCGACGCGUAUGAUGUGCAGUUCGACAAGCUUGUCGUCGCCACUGGAUGCCGCUCUGCGUCUUUUGGCACUCCAGGGGUGACCGAGUAUGCCCAUUUCCUCAAGGAUAAUCUAGAGCUGGCAUCGGAACCCACCAUCUCACCCGAAGAGAAGGCCCGGUUGCUGAGCAUGCGUAUUGUCGGCGGCGGACCUACGGGUGUCGAAUUCGCUGCUGAGUUACACGAUUUCGUCUCGCAGGACGUGUACAGAAUUUAUCCUCAUUUGAAGGAUCAAAUCUCAAUCACGCUCUACGAUCUCGCACCGGGCAUCUUGCAGUCGUUUGAUGCGAGCUUGCGGGCUUAUGCCGAACGCAAGUUCUCUCGUGCUGGCGUGACGGUGCGCGGGAAUAGCAAGAUUGUGGCGGUCGGCAAGGAUUAUAUCGACAUUGCGUCGGUUGGGGGGGAGGUUGAGCGCGUACCGUAUGGUCUGCUUGUGUGGAAUACGGGGUUGCAGGCAAACGAGUUCAUCGAGACGUUGCCCGGUCUCGAUAAAGACCCGAAGUCUAAGUCGUUAAAGGUCGACCCGCACCUGCGCGUCUGCGACGCCGACGGAACCCCCCUAGACGGCAUCUUCGCGAUCGGGGACAACGCAACCCCAAACGACGGGCACCGUCUUCCCGCCACCGCUCAAGUAGCCUCCCAAAUGGCUGGGUACAUGGCAAAUCUAUUGAAGCGGUUAGGCCGGGGCGAGGGGCUGGACGACACGUCCCCGUUCAAGUGGAAAGACCAUGGCAGUAUGGUCUUCAUUGGCGAUUAUCGAGCAAUGGUCGAUCGGUCGAAGGCCAGUGAUGGUCCGAGGGCGAGGUUAAGCGGGUUCGUGGCGUGGAUCGUGUGGAGAAGUUAUUAUGCGACUCUGGCGAUGGGGUGGCGGAAUAAGAUCCUCAUCCCCGUGUACUGGACCCUCGCAUUCUUCUUCGGCCGCGACGUGACAAACUUCUAG